GAUCUCACUCGUAGCUGAAAGCAGUGGUACAUUUAGCAGCAUUGCAGGACAGACUAUCCUCCUCCAGCUGCUUCUCCGACAUGCCUGAGACCUCUGUCCUUGCCUGUUUCCUGUGCCUGCUUGCCUUGUCCUCAGCAUGCUACAUCCAGAACUGCCCCAGAGGGGGCAAGAGGUCCUACCAAGACACAGAAGUCCGACAGUGUAUACCAUGUGGUCCAGGGAAUAGAGGAAACUGCUUUGGACCAAACAUUUGUUGUGGAGAAGAUCUAGGAUGCUAUGUUGGGACCCCAGAAACUCUCCGAUGCGUGGAGGAAAACUACUUACCAUCCCCUUGUGAAGCCGGCGGUAAACCGUGCGGUAGUGGUGGACGAUGUGCUGCACCAGGAAUAUGCUGCAAUGAUGACAGUUGCAGUAUGGAUUCUAGCUGCCUCGAUGAAGACAGCGAGAGGCGAGGGGUUUCCCCCGAGCAGAACAUGACCCAGAUGGAUGGAUCGGCCAGUGAUCUCCUCCUGAGACUUAUGCACAUGGCAAAUAGACAACAACAACAAACCAAACACCAGUUCUACUGAGCGCAGACUCGUCAUGUUACCUCACUGUGCAUAUGUGCUUAAUAUGUGACAUCUCCCGGACGCUGGUCUGUCACCAGUCCUUUAUUUAAGAAUGUAUUGAAACAAAUGGCUGACAGUUUACUGUACAUAGAGCAAAUAAAGUCUUUUAUUGCACUGUC